UCGUGAACAUUCAUAUUUGUGUAAGUUUGUUGAACUUGAAAUUUCCAAGUAAACAGGCCAACAAACGUACCAAAGAUCAACAAACCCUGUUGCCUUUUCUUAAUUUAGAACACAGAAUUUGAAAUUCAUUAGUCAUUUUUAAGGUAGAAAGCUAGGGACAAACGCGCUCUCUCCUUCUGUAUAUAAAUAGCAUCGGCAUCCAGGACUCUUUUGCAACAACACGUUUUGGAAUUUGGAGGGACUGUUCGCAGAUAUUAAGGAUUCGUAUAUACGGAGUACAUUAACCAUUGUUUUUUUAGUUUACUUGUCAUGGGGAAUUGCUUUUCUGAUGUGAAAGGCGGUCAGCAGGCGGUUGGCAGCGGGGCCCAGUUGGUUGUUGGCGGCGCCGUUGGUGAUGGUAGCGCCACCGCCGGCACUUGCCACAACGACGCCGUUGAUUACUUCUUCAGGGCCAAAGGGGAAGUUGCUCUUUUCACGCCAAUCGAGUUGUCUCUAUCAGCUUCAAAGCUUUGUGAUCGGGAUUACAUAUCAAAGAGUGAUCCUAUGGCAGUAGUUUACAUGAAGAGAAGAGAUGGGAAGCUUGAGGAACUUGGCCGCACUGAAGUUAUAAUGAACAACCUAGACCCCACUUGGAUUCAGAAGAUAAACGUUACUUAUCAUUUUGAGAUUGUUCAAACAUUGGUCUUUCGCGUGUAUGAUGUGGACACAGAAUAUCAUACGAUUCCUGUGAAGAUGCUGAAGCUAGAAAAUCAAGAUUUCCUUGGUGAAGCUAGCUGUGUUGUCUCUGAGAUUGUGACUAAACGUGAUCGGAGCUUGACCCUGAAUCUUCGUAGUAGAGAUGGACACAGUUCCAGGAGCUUGGGAACACUCACUGUCCGUGCAGAGGAAACCGUUGCUUCAAGGAACGCUUUGGAGAUCACAUUUCGUUGUUCAGAUCUAGUAAACAAGGAUCUAUUUUCCAAAAGUGAUCCUUUCUUGAGAAUCUCUAGAGCUGUUGAGACUGGUGGUUCUAUUCCUAUUUGCAAGACGGAAGUCGUGAACAACAACUUGAAUCCAACUUGGAAACCUCUAUGCCUUACCAUGCAACAAUUUGUUAGCAAGGAGAACCCAUUGGUGAUCGAGUGCUUUGAUUUCAAUAGCAGUGGGAACCAUCUGAUGAUCGGGAAAUUACAGAAAUCAGUCGCUGAACUUGAAAAUCUUUACCAAAGUAGAGCAGGUGCAAAAAUCAUGGCACCAUCUUCUGGGUUCAGGCAUCAUGAAAAGGUUCUAAACAGUGAAUUGUUUGUGGAAAGAUUCGUCGAGAAACAACUGUACAGCUUCCUCGACUAUAUCUCUAGUGGAUUUGAACUUAGUUUCAUGGUUGCUGUUGACUUUACUGCUUCCAAUGGAAAUCCCAGAAGUCCCGAUUCUCUGCAUUACAUCGAUCCUUUAGGCCGCCUAAAUGCCUAUCAGCAGGCUAUAAUGGAGGUUGGGGAGGUCAUACAAUUUUAUGAUUCGGAUAGGCGCUUCCCUGCUUGGGGAUUUGGUGGAAGAGCACACAACGGCUCCGUCUCUCACUGCUUCAACUUAAACGGAAGUCUACCUGAGGUUGAAGGUGUCGAAGGCAUCAUGACUGCUUACACGAGUGCUUUACACAACGUCACUCUUGCUGGACCAACGUUGUUCGGUCAAGUCAUAAAAAAGGCUGCAGAUAUUGCUGGUCACUCUCUCUCUUGCCACCAAGCCAAGUAUUACAUCCUGUUGAUCAUAACGGACGGUGUAGUCUCCGAUCUUCAAGAAACCAUAAACUCUGUGGUGAGGGCAUCCGACUUGCCACUCUCGAUUCUCAUCGUUGGAGUUGGUGGUGCGGAUUUCAAGUCAAUGGAGGUUCUCGAUGCUGACAACGGACGCCGACUAGAGAGUUCCACCGGACGGAUAGCAACACGAGAUAUCGUGCAGUUCGUUCCAAUGCGUGAAGUGCAUGGCGGACAAAUCUCAGUGGUCCAAGCCCUUCUUGAGGAACUGCCAUCUCAGUUUCUGACGUACGUGCGUAGUAGAGAUAUGAAGCCGCUCAACGUGUUGUGAACAUACGGUGAAGCUUGAGAUUCCCAGUAUUUUUUAAUAGCUUAUCUACAUACAUAAAUCAGAAUCAGGAAGCAUGAACUUCUGUAAAUACUUUUGAACGUACACUUUCAACUUUUACUACAAUUCAAAUCUCCCGAAAGUGGAUAAGUUUUUAUCUUUCAUUUUUGAACUUUUCUUGGUGGUGUUGUAAAGGCAGAGGAAUAAAUUGAUGAAAAUAUCAGAAUCUUACAAUGCAGAUAAUGUGGAUGUAUAGGUAGAAGCUUUUCAUAGGAAAAGAUAAAGAUGAUGCUUCUUCAUCUUUUACAACCUUUAUUCCAGAUAAUAUUACAUUGUGGAUGUAAUAAUAACAGCGUAUAAAAACGUGUGUUACUGUUCUGGCAAUCUGGGAAUGCAAUGUUGUUGUGAAGCAUCAUUAUUAUCAUUGAAAUGUUGUUUUGUGUUUCAUAGGAAUCUGUCUGUCUUAACGCAUUUCCAGAUCAUGAGGUCUCUAUUGCCAAGCUAUAAACUACAAAAGGCACUAAUUACAAAGGGUUGACACUCAGUUCCACCAUCUCCAAUACUAAUCCUAAAACUGAAUAUAUAUCACCUUUCAAUUCACAAUUCAUCCUAUAAAUGCAGAUGAAUUUUAAAUUUUUUUUAUAUAUUUGAAAUAGAAGGGAAGUAUAAAGUAAGUAAAAUUUGGAUUAAAUGCAUUUUUGGUAUCGUUUGACAUUUUUGUUUUUUAACUUUCUAAAAUAGCAUUUUAACCCCACAUUUUUUUA